AUGUUUAAUCUAAAAACCGUAAAGGCACUUUUGAAGAGACCCGAUUUGCACAAAGGCAAAUUGGUAGGCGGAUUCUCAAUCCUACUGUUCGCGCUGCCGACGACGUCUAUGCUCGUCUUGCCAUCGUUUACAAGGCUACUAGGCUUCGGCUCAAUGGCCUCAAUGAUGACGGGGGUGGUCACGGCAGUAGUAUUAGUACUGGGACUAACUCUGACAUAUGCAUGGGUGGCCUACAAGUCAGACGAAAGUGGCGAGUCUCCCGCAAAUUUCAUACUGACUAAGUCCACCAAGUCAGAUUAG